UCUCCUUCUCUCUCUCUCUUUUUAGAGGAUGAGUCUGGUAAAGAAGGCGGGGAGCUGUGCUAGGCGGCAGGACCCAACCAUACUCCGGGGAACCUCCACUUACGUUCCCCUUCAGCAGCGAGACCUACGGGAGUUCAAAAUGGACUCGAUUUUGGUUGGAGGGAAGAAAAGCAACUAUUGCGAGAACUGCAAUGCCAUUGCUGACACCGGCACCUCCCUGCUUGCCGGGCCAGCCGACAUGGUCACAGAGUUGAACAAACAGCUCGGGGCUUUUGAAAUUCCUAUCGUGCACGAGUGGGUCUUUACUUGCGACGAACUCUCCAAACUUCCAAAUGUUGCAUUCGUCUUAAACGGAGAUACAUUUGAACUAACACCCAAUGAAUAUGUUUUGAAGGUACAAGAGGGAACUGAAUCGCUAUGUCUUAGUGGAUUCAUAGGCAUCGAUCUACGCCUGAUGUUGGUCCUCUCUGGAUCCUAGGUGACGUAUUUAUUGGAACAUUCUACACGAAUUUGACCUCCAAAACAAACGAGUUGGAUUUGCUCCCUCUAAAUAACUGUUAGCUAAAGCCACGUGACACUGCUAUGUACUGCUGCUGUGUAUAUUACAUACAUGAACUGAUAUGGAUUUUAUUGUUGUGCUUUCAGUCCGCCGCAUAUUGCGCAUGCGCACAUAAAAAGCCGCUCGAUAAAAAAGGGUGAGCACGCGCGUGGUGUCGUUUCUUUGCUGUAUAGCUAUUGCUGCUAGCUGCAGACUGUAACUUUUAGCCCAGCCAAGGGGAAGCGAGGAAGUAUGCGUCUUUCCAUUCUGCUCGUUCUGGUUGUCUGCACUGUUCAGACCUUCUGCCAUGUUACCAGAAUCCCUCUCCAGAAGCGAGGCCGUCUCCAAGACGUCCAGCAAUUCUCGCGCUCUCUCCAGUUCACCAAAUGGCGCUACGAGCUAGGUCUGGACAAACUUCGCUCGCUGAAAGACUCGCCCGAACCCCUGACUAACUACCAAGACCUCUACUAUUAUGGGAACAUAUCAAUUGGAACUCCAGUGCAGAACUUCACCGUCAUCUUUGACACUGGGUCCUCAAACCUUUGGGUCCCCUCUGCAGAGUGCGAUCCUUCUGAUAGAGCAUGCCAAAUUCACCACAAGUACUACCACAACAGAUCGAGCACCUACGUAAAGAACGGGGAGAAAUUCUCGAUUCAAUACGGAACAGGAAGUCUCAGUGGCUUCCUCAGUCAGGACACUGUGACUAUUUCUGGAAUAAAGGUUAAAAAUCAGAUCUUUGGCGAAGCUACCGAACAGCCAGGCAGUACGUUCAUUGAUGAUAAAUUUGACGGCAUUCUUGGCAUGGGGUGGCCAGCUAUAGCUGUCGACAAGGUGGCGCCAGUCUUUCAGAACAUGGUGGCCCAGGGUCUCGUCGCAAAACCGGUUUUCGGUUUCUAUCUUGACAGGGAUGAUGAAACAGGUGAACUGGGUGGCGAGCUCAUUCUGGGCGGGACUGACCCCACCCACUAUAUUGGGUCACUGGAGUACGUGCCACUCUCUGAGGAAACAUACUGGCAGUUCAAAAUGGGAGGGAUCACAAUCAACCAGCAGAGUACACCCUGCUGCUCUGGAGGCUGUAAUGCCAUUGCUGAUACCGGUACCUCAAUCAUUGUCGGUCCGAGUGACGAGAUAAAGAAGCUCAACACCCAGCUGGGAGCAAAGAUGGAGGAAGGAGAUUACGUGUUCGACUGCAGUAACUUGACUCGCUGCCCAAAGUCGGAUUUAAGAUCAACACCAUGACCUUCGAACUCUCCGCCGCUGAAUACGUAGUCAAUAUAACGCAGAGCGGUCAGACGUUCUGUCUGAGUGGUUUCCAGGGUCUCGAUCUGCCCCACCCUCUGGAUCCUGGGAGACACUUUCAUCGGCAUCUUCUACACCGAGUUGACGUUGGCAACAAGAGAAUCGGGGUCGCUAGAGCCAGAAUCUGAGUAUAGUGUACUUGCCAGAGUGGCAUGUGUGGCUUGCUUGAAAUGUGUGUGUGUGAAAAACAUUCAGUGAACAGAAAACGAUGUGUGCUUGUACAAUUGGUCGACGUUGUUAUGCCGCAUCUA